AUGCUAGCCAUAUUUAUUAUAGCACAUUUCUUUCCUGUCUCUUUGCUCCUCUUAAUAAAUCGCUUAUAUAGCAUCGUUGAAAAACCAGCAGUGCAAGAGACAUGGAGGGAAAGAACUUCACUCACUAUCCUUGCUGUUGAUUUUUCAAAUUCACGACUUGAAGCAAGCCCUGCAUUAUUCACUAAAAUUGAGAUAUCUUUAUCAGCAACUCUUGCGAUUAGAACACCAAAGUCCAGAUGCUACAGUAACAAAACAACAAAGGUAUCAGCACAAGAGCUGCUGUGAUCACACUUUGAGUGAUAAAAUCGCUCUUAAUCUUCGGAUCCUGGUCCAUU